GGAUAUCAUCAUGACCAGCGGCGUUCUGUGCAACGAGGGCCAGAACAUCCUUCUGCCCCGGCCCGGCUUCUGCCUGUACAACACGGUCGCGGGCUCGCGCAACAUCGAGACGCGGCUGUACAAUCUGCAGGCGGACAAGAACUGGGAGGUGGACCUGGCGCACAUGGAGUCGCUGAUUGACGACAAGACGGCGUGCGUGCUGAUCAACAACCCGUCGAACCCGUGCGGCUCCAACUUCACCAAGGCGCACCUGAAUGCGAUUCUGGCGGUGUGCGAGCGGCACCAGAUCCCGCUGAUCUCGGACGAGAUCUACGCCGACAUGGUGUUUGGCGACCAGGUGUUCACGCCGACAGGCCUCGCUGACCACGACAGCCUGGCCAAGCAGUGGCUGGUGCCGGGCUGGCGCAUGGGCUGGAUCAUGAUCCACGACCGCAACAAUGCGCUGGCCGACGUGCGCCGCGGGCUCUUCGCCCUGUCGACGCUGAUCAACGGCCCGUGCGGAAUCGUGCAGGCUGCCAUUCCCAAGAUCCUGACCCAGGUCCCUGCCGACUAUUUGCCCGAGCUGAAUGCGCAGCUGGAGCAGCACGCGCGCAUCCUCGAGUCGGAGCUCAACAAGGUCGAUGGCAUCGAGGUUAUUUCGCCGCAGGGUGCCAUGUACGUGAUGUUCGAGGGCAUUGCCAAUGACGCCGACUUCUGCCACCAGCUCAAGUGGGAGGAGAACGUCGAGCUGCUGCCUGGCGAGUGCUUCAACUACCCGGGCACCGUGCGCCUGGUGAUCACUCCGCCCAAGGACAUCUUGAAGGCGGCUACCGAGCGCAUUGCUGCCUUCUGCGCCCGCCACCGCAAGUAAAUAGGAUACAGAUUUAUGUUAGUGCUGUCUGUCUGUCUGCUUUGAAAUACCACCUUUCGUU